AAGACUUUAAAAAAUCCUUGUUUGAAUUGAGAAAGUUAUGUGAACAAUUUGAAAUUACCGGAUUGAGUCUUCCUCGUAUCGGAGCAGGUUUGGAUCGAUUAAGGCUUGAUUUUGUUCAUGAAAGUGUUUCUAACACAUUUGAAGGAAGCGAUAUUAAU